AUGCUCCCCCCCGACCCCUCAAUCCUACCCUCCCUCCUCGGGCCCCCUCCGCCCCCAGAAGCCGCAGACGGCAUCUCCCGCUGGGCAGUCAAGAACCCGCCAAAAGACCCAACCCUCUCCUUCGCCGGCAAAACCGUCCUCGUCACAGGCUCCAACACCGGCUUAGGCUACGAAGCAGCCUUGAAAUUCGCCAACCUCGGCGCAACACUCAUCCUCGCAGUCCGCACGCCCUCCAAAGGCGAAACCGCAAAGACGAGGAUAUUAGCAGCAACAGGCGUGCCCAGCACGCGUAUAUCGGUUCUGCAACUCGACAUGUCAACCUUCGCCUCGAUCCGCACCUUCCUGGCCACUCUCACAUCCACCACCCCAGUCCUGCACAUCGCACUCCUGAACGCCGGGCUCGCGGCGCCGAAGUUCGAACGAUCGCCUGAUGGCUGGGAGAUGGCUCUUCAGGUAAACGUGCUUAGCACGGCGUUUCUCGCGCUGGGACUCCUGCCAUUGCUGCGCGCGACGGCAAAGCAGACGGGCGGGCCGGGACAAGUGACGUUUACCAACUCUGCGGGCCAUCGACGGGCGAAGGGCGCUGAGAUGGCGGUUCCGGAGGGGACGUCGAUCCUGGAGACGUUCAACCGGCCGGAGUUUUUCAGUCUGGCGAAGAAUUACAUGUUGAUAAAACUGCUGGGUAUGUACGUGAUGCGCGGGUUGCACGAGCAGUUCUCGGUGAAUGAGGUGGGGGAGCGGGAUGUGCUUUUUAAUGCGUGUUGUCCUGGGUAUUGUAGGACGGAGUUGGGGCGGGAGAUGCCGUGGUAUGUUAAUGGGAUUACGAGGGCGGUGCAGAGUUUUUAUGGGAGGAGUGCUGAGGAGGGGGGGAGGAGCUUGGUUAGUGCGACGAGGGUGGGGAUAGAGGGGGCGGGGAGGUUUUGGAGUAAUGAUUGGUUUACGGAGAUGGGAGAGUUGGUUACUAGUGAGGAGGGGAAGAGGUUGCAGGUUAGGGCUUGGAAGGAGAUUUUGGAGGUUUGUAGGAAGGAGGGGCUUGAGAAGGGUGUGUGA